AUGUUAGGUAAAAAGAAAGGACUAAAAGCAAAGGUACAUAAUGUGGCUCCUCAUAUACGUUUUACUCACUGUAUUAUUCAUCGAGAAGCUCUCGCUUGCAAAGCCAUUGUUCCCGAACUUAAAACUGUUUUCGAUACAGCUGUCAAAAUCGUCAACUACAUAAAAUCCCGCCCUUUGAAUGCCAGGUUAUUUGCUUCACUGUGCAAAGACAUGGGCUCAGACCAUGAAGCAUUGUUGCUUCACACUGAAAGCAGAUGGCUCUCCAGGGGAAAAGUUUCCACACGGCUCUAUCAGCUGAGAGAUGAGGUCCUCCUAUUCCUUCUGGAAUCAGGCUCUGAAUUUAGUGUAUUCAUGACUGAUAGUAACUGGUUAGGAAAGCUAGUGUAUUUAUCAUGUAUUUUUGAUAAACUUAAUGAGUUAAAUCUUUCCAUACAAGGCCCAAACACAAAUACAUUGUCAUUGUUCAACAAGAUAAAUGCAUUCUCAAAGGCGCUUGAGCGAUGGAUUUCACGAACUGAAGAGGGUCACAUGGAAAUGUUUCCUGAACUUGAAGAGUUUGGAGAGGAAAAUGAGUUAUGUCUGGAUAAUUUGAAAGCAAUAAUAGUUAAUCAUCUUCGAAAUCUUCUUAAUCACUCCAAGAAAUACUUUUUAGAAGAGUCAGAUCUAGAACAGUAUGAUUGGAUGCGAAUGCCAUUCACUGCUCCUGGAAAUCAUUUAUCAUCUGACCUCGGGGAAGCACUGCUUGAAUUAUCUUCUGAUGGAACCUUACGACUCAAGUUUGGGUCAACAACAUUGAACGAGUUUUGGAUAUCGGUAUCGGAGGAAUAUUCUGGUUUAUCAAAGGCAGUACUGAAUAUCUUAACACCGCAUCAACAUAUAUCAAGAAUAAAUACCGAUCUUGAUUGA